AUGUUAGUCCUCAAGUCUAUUGUCCUUGCCGUUGUUGGCCUUACCUCCACCGUCGCAGCAGCCGCAUGCUGCUCCGCUGAGAAACGCGAUGUUGGUGGACUGAGAUCCGAUUUUGCUCUGCUCAACACCGCAGUAAAAUACAAUCUUGGUAACAUCACGGCCUAUAACGGUGGAGUGGAUAAUUUGGGACCGCUCGUUACCGCUGGCCAGCUGGUCUCGACCGUUCUCACCAAGACCACCGCCGACAUCACGGCUCAUGCUGCCUUCACUACCUCUGACAGCAUAACCAUGCUCAUCGAGGCAACCAACACCCUUGCAUUGCUCACAAACACUCUCAACGCCCUCAACAACAAGCAAUUACUCUUCAGAGCCGCAGGCAUCCACACCGUCGUACUCAAGUCCAUCCAGGAGCACAGUGCGGAGGAGAGCGAGAUGUACGACCAACUCGUGGCCAAGGCGACCAACGAUACCAAGUCAUCAUUCAGAGGGCUUCAGGAUACAUUGAAGCAACUGUAUGACAUUGUCAUUAAAGCCUACUCCGCAUAA